AGUCGCGGCAGCGAGCACCUCCAAACCAAAAUGAGGACGCUGACCUUUACGUUAUGGGUGGUGCUGGCGGUAUCGGUAUCACUAGCAGUACCCAUUAAGGAUGUGGAGAAGGACACUGAAUUGACCAGGGAGAAGCGCUCACCUGGGGGUUGGCACUCACCACAGCCUGAAGGAGUUUGGAAAAAGAAACUCGUUUGGAAAGAAGAAUGGAAACAGAUCUGGAAAACUGAUAAGAAACUUAUAUGGAAGACCGAGUGGAAGAAGGAGAAAGUACCAGCAUGGAAAACAGAGAAAGUUCAGCAGUGGAAAGAGGAGCAAGUCCCUGCAUGGAAAGUAGUGCAGAAACCUAUCUGGAAGGAAGUUCAGGUCCCUAUUUGGAAAGAAGUUCAAGUACCAGACUGGAAGAAAGUAUGGAAACCAGUAUGGAAAGAAAUUCAAGUACCAGUUACUAAGACAAUCCAGGUGCCUGAAUGGAAGCAAUCGUAUGUGCCAGCUUGGGUAAAAGAGGGUGUCCCUGGAGAAAAAUUCUUGGGCAAGGACGACCAUGGAUGGGAAUACACUAGUCACGACUUGUGGAGAAAGAAAAUGAUCUGGAAACCAGUGUGGAAGAAAGUGUGGAAAACAGAACACAAGCAAGAAUGGGUGACUGAAAAGAAAUUGGAAUGGAAAGAAGAGUGGAAACAGGUCUGGAAAACUGUUAAGAAACAGGCUUGGGUAACCGAAAAAAAGCAAGAAUGGGUCGAAGAGAAAGUACAAAUUUGGAAGACAGUAAAGAAAGAAGUUUGGGUACCUGUCCAAAAGAAAAUCUGGGUCGAAAAAUGGAAACAAAUUCAAGUCCCCGUCUGGAAGACCAUUGAAGUUCCUGCAUGGAAGAAAGUAUGGAAACCGGUAUGGGAAAAGGUUUGGGUGCCCAUACACCAUGAACACCACGGCUGGGAUUAAAUAGGUAUCAACCAUGACGUUUUUGUAUAUAUAGAAAUAAUAGUUUUGGUCAUAGUCAUUGUUAAAUUUUUGUUACCGUUCUACCAAGGAUUGUAAAUAUAAAUAAAUCAAAUACUUUAAUACUCAAGUGAAGCGUUAGAAGUCUUGGACGGGUAAGUAUUAAAAUGGUAAUCAUUGUGGCGUACGCGAAGGCGAAUGCUUUAAGCUUUUAGCGAGUGUAAAAUUAAAACUUUUGAAGAUUGCAAAUGCGAAAUGUAUUUGACUUUGCGUGCGCCUAAAGAAGUGAAACUACAUUGUUUUUAUUUUAUUACAACUAUUGAUCUGUGCACAACACAGUAUUUUCACUUCUUACUGGUUUGGUUUUCAUGUUGAUUGUUCUAUAUUUUAUAGUAUUCUAUAAAAUCGUCAACACUGUAAUGUUACGUUGAUUAUAUAAUAAUGAGAAUCUAACUUAAUUCUAAAGAUCAUUGGAAUAACAUAAAUUCGGAAGGCAAUCAUCGUCAUUGUUAUAUAUAUCAACGCUUGAGAGGCUAAAAUGUUUUUGGCUGCUAAAUACUUACUUCUGUUGUAAGCGACAGAUAUGUAAGAAUUUAAUAGUACAUUUAGUUUAGUUAUGUCAUACUCUUCUAAUAAUUAAAAAAAUGAUAAGAAGAGAAGCUGUAGUAAAACUAUUGAGAUCAGAUUUGUUAUUUUUAUAUUUGUAGUAUUUAGAAUUUGUUUCUAUUUAAAAUUUUAAAAGAAUGAGUUUUUUGACUCAUUAUUAUUGACCCAAAAAUGUUAGAGGCUCAAAAGUUGAUGUGAACCAGUAGAGGUGCGGGUUCAUAUCAGAUUUAAAGUACAAUUAUUUUGUUUUUAUGUUUUAUAAUUUGUUUUAUAAGGAAAUAUAAAUAUUAAGAUA